GGGGUUUGUCUUGGUGAAGCGGCGCAGAUCCGCGUUUCCUCCCCCUUUGGCCCCAGGAGGGUGGGCGAUUCAACUCAGGGAGCUGGGUCCCCCGGCACUGUGCCGCCCCCCAGGACCUGUCUGUGGUCCCUCAUGACUGGGGCUUCCCACUCUCCCUAUCCCCCCCUCCCCCGGGCCCACGUGUGCCUGCAGGUUCCCCCCUUGUCCAUCAGGCAGGAGCCAGAGUCCCGGGCCUGGCCUCUGGCUCCGGGGGCAGGAGCUGCUGAUACUGCUCUCUCCCUGCCGCUCCCCCCUAUUCCCACUGCUGCCCGCAGGGGCCAGGCCGCUGUCCCUGGAAGCCAAAUAUUUACCUUCCUGUGUCCCUCUGUCGGUCUUGGAGCGGACCGGGGUUUAGACUGGAGCAUUGCGGGGGAUUUUUGGGUAGCCCCAUUGCUGCUCCGUUGCUGGAGGAAGGGUCAGGCCCAGGCCCCCAGCCUGAGACAGGCCACGUCCGGCAUCCUUGGUGCUGUGAGCCUGUCGCCUUCUCCAGGAAGGGGCUGUGUGUCCCCCAUCCCUUGGCCCUUCUCCAGGCAGCAGGCUGGUGGGCUCACAGCCUAGCCCUGCUGGGUGUGUUGGUGCCGGGGCUCGCACAGCAGAGCAGGGGCUCUGGGCGGGCGUGGAGUGGGGCUGGCAGUGCCAGGCUAACGCUCUGGCCUCGCUGUUGGGCCAGUGGGGAGGGUCCCCGGGGUCAGUUCUCCUGGGUGCCGUUGGGGGUCCAGAUGUGGCUCCUGGAGCCCACUGAGGGGUGGCUGCCCCACCGCAGCACUGAGCUGGCCUGAGGGGCUGUCACUACAACCGGGGAGCAGAGCGGAGUCAUCUGAGCCAGGCUCACUCCAGUGGCCGCGAGCAGCCUGGACAAGGGGGUUUGGUGGCAGUUCCCAAGUCCCCAGCAUCUUCCUGGGGGAAGUGGCAGCUUCUCGUUGUGGGAGCAUUGGGGUGCAGGGUGGGGCUGAGCCUGGCAGAAGGGGGCAGACGGUGCCAGCCCGAUGUCCCGGUCAUGCCUGGCUCGGCUUGCCCCUUGCAGCCUCCUCUGGUCCAAGCCAUCUUCAACCGUGACAUCGAGGAGGUGCGGUCGCUGUUGAGCCAGAAGGAAAACAUCAAUGUCCUGGACCAAGAACGGCGAACGCCACUGCAUGCUGCUGCCUACGUAGGAGAUGCUGCCAUCGUGGAGCUGCUCAUCUUGUCAGGUGCUAACGUGAAUGCAAAGGAUACGGUUUGGCUCACACCGCUGCACCGCGCUGCGGCUUCCCGCAACGAGAAGGCACUUACCCUCCUCCUGAAGCACUCAGCCGACGUCAACGCCCGCGACAAAUACUGGCAGACGCCGCUGCAUAUGGCCGCUGCCAACCGGGCCACCAAGUGCGCCGAGGCCCUGGCGCCUCUGCUGAGCAGCGUCAAUGUGGCCGACCGCACCGGGCGCACAGCGCUGCACCACGCUGUGCACAGCGGUCACAUCGAGAUGGUGAACCUGCUCUUGAACAAGGGGGCCAACCUGAGCACGUGUGACAAGAAAGAGCGACAGCCCAUCCAUUGGGCCGCUUUCCUAGCUCCUAGCAGCCCCACUCCUCUCUGCUCAGGCCACUUGGAGGUGCUGAAGCUGCUUGUGGCCCGUGGUGCUGACGUGGCCUGCAAGGACAAGAAGGGCUACACACUGCUGCACACGGCGGCCGCCAGCGGCCAGAUCGAGGUGGUGAAGCACCUGCUGCGGCUGGGUGUCGAGAUCGACGAGCCGAACGCCUUUGGGAACACUGCACUUCACAUCGCCUGCUACAUGGGCCAGGAUGCCGUGGCCAAUGAGCUGGUGAACUGCGGCGCCAACGUCAACCAGCCCAACGAGAAGGGCUUCACCCCACUGCACUUCGCUGCCGUCUCCACCAACGGGGCCCUGUGCCUGGAGUUGCUUGUCAACAACGGUGCCGACGUCAACUUCCAGAGUAAGGAAGGGAAGAGCCCCUUGCACAUGGCUGCCAUCCAUGGCCGGUUCACGCGCUCCCAGAUCCUCAUUCAGAAUGGCAGCGAGAUUGACUGUGCUGACAAAUACGGCAAUACCCCCCUCCACGUUGCUGCUAGAUACGGCCACGAGCUGCUAAUUAGUACUUUGAUGACGAAUGGUGCUGACACUGCGAGGCGUGGGAUCCACGACAUGUUCCCUCUGCACUUAGCUGUUCUCUUUGGAUUCUCAGACUGUUGUCGCAAGCUACUUUCCUCAGGUCAGUUGUACAGCAUCGUCUCCUCGCUGAGCAAUGAGCACGUGCUGUCUGCCGGCUUUGACAUCAACACGCCUGACAACCUUGGCAGGACCUGCCUCCACGCUGCUGCUUCCGGAGGGAACGUCGAAUGUCUUAACUUGCUGUUGAGCAGCGGUGCUGACUUGAGAAGGAGAGAUAAAUUUGGGAGGACUCCAUUGCACUACGCAGCCGCCAACGGCAGCUACCAGUGUACGGUGACGCUGGUCACCGCUGGAGCCAGUAUUAACGAGGCCGACUGCAAAGGCUGCACCCCCCUGCACUAUGCUGCUGCUUCGGACACGUACAGGAGAGCUGAGACUCAUUCAGGAAACAGCCACGACGCCGAUGAGGAGCCGCUCAAGGAGUCCAGGCUGAAGGAGGCGUUCUUCUGUCUCGAUUUCCUGCUGGACAAUGGUGCUGACCCCUCUCUCCGGGACAAGCAGGGAUAUACCGCAGUCCACUACGCCGCUGCCUAUGGCAACCGGCAGAACCUCGAGUUGCUCCUGGAAAUGUCUUUCAACUGCCUGGAGGACGUGGAAAGCACCAUUCCAGUCAGCCCUUUGCACUUAGCUGCCUAUAACGGUCACUGUGAAGCCCUGAAGACCCUCGCCGAGACCCUGGUGAACCUGGACGUGCGGGACCACAAGGGACGCACGGCGCUGUACCUCGCCACGGAGCACGGCUCCACGGACUGCGUGGAGGUGCUCACCAGCCAUGGCGCCUCUGCCCUGGUCAAGGAGCGCAAGCGCAAGUGGACGCCUCUCCACGCUGCAGCUGCCAACGGGAACACGGAUUCCCUGCACCUCCUGAUUGACAGCGGGGAGCGGGCUGACAUCGCCGACGUCAUGGACAUCCAUGGCCAAACCCCGCUGAUGCUGGCGAUCAUGAACGGCCACGUUGACUGCGUCCACCUCCUGCUGGAGAAGGGGUCCACGGCUGACGCUGCUGACAAGCGAGGCAGGACGGCUCUGCAUCGCGGGGCGGUGACAGGGUGCGAGGACUGCCUGGCGGCACUGCUGGACCACGACGCCUUCGUGCUGUGCCGGGACUUCAAGGGGCGCACACCCCUGCACUUGGCCUCGGCCUGCGGCCACCCCGAUGUGCUGCGCACCCUGCUGCAGGCCGCGCUCUCUACUGACCCGCUGGACUCUGUGGUGGACUACAGCGGCUACUCCCCCAUGCACUGGGCUUCGUACAGCGGGCACGAAGAUUGUCUGGAACUGUUACUUGAACACAACCCGUUUGCAUACCUGGAAGGAAACCCCUUCACUCCAUUGCACUGUGCAGUAAUUAACAACCAGGACGGCACUGCUGAGAUGCUGGUGGAAGCACUGGGUGCCAAGAUUGUUAAUAGCAGAGAUGCCAAAGGAAGGACCCCCCUUCACGCUGCUGCCUUCGCAGACAACAUCCACGGUUUACAGCUGCUGUUGCGCCACCAGGCUGAGGUGGACGCGGCCGACCAGCUGGGGAGGACGCCCCUCAUGAUGGCUGCUGAGAACGGGCACACUGCAGCUGUCGAGUUCUUGCUGUACAGAGCGAAAGCAGAUAUCACCGUGCUGGACGUCAACAGGAACACGGCUCUUCACCUGGCCUGCAGUAAGGGUCAUGAAAAGUGUGCCUUGUUGCUCCUGGGGGAAACCCAAGACCUUGGCCUUAUCAAUGCAACUAACAGUGCUCUGCAGAUGCCUCUCCACAUCGCAGCGCGGAAUGGACUGGCCUCCGUCGUCCAGGCCCUGCUCAGCCGCGGCGCAACAGUGCUGGCGGUGGAUGAAGAAGGUCACACCCCGGCGCUGGCCUGCGCCCCCAACAAGGACGUGGCGGACUGCCUGGCACUGAUCCUCUCCACCAUGAAGCCUUUCCCCCCGAAAGACGCCAUCAGCCCCUUCAGCUUCAACCUCCUCAAGAACUGCAGCAUCGCGGCCAAGACAGCGGCCUGCGGGGCCCUGCCCAACGGCGCCUCCUGCCCCUACACCAAGGACCGGCAUGGUGCCAUCGGCCUGGACGGCUGCUACUCGGAGUAGCGCGCCCCACGGUGACCCCCUCUCUUCUCCUAUUUAUUUAGAGCCUCUCUGCGUCUAGGGCACUUUGAAGGAGAACAAGCCUGGGCCAGGCCCCACCCUGCAGCCACCCGGGGCUCCUUGCUUCCGCUGUGCACCCCCCUCACCCAUCGGCAGCCACCCGGCUCUGCACCCCCCUCGUGCCCCCGCCUGUACUAACAGCUUCUCUUGGCAGGGGGGCACGAGCGCGGUCGGUGCCAGCCAGGCCCCCCCACCCACGCGCAGGGCCCUGCCUGCUCUCGCGGGGAGCCGUUCGCCUUAAACUUCACUUGAUUUGUGGACCACAAAAUACUUCCCCUCCGCCCUGGGGCUGCUCUGCCAGCCCCCGCGGCUGCCCCACAACGGAAGCUCGGACCCCCGAGGGGGGAGUGGGGGGGAUUGUAGACAAAUAAGGGACCGUGGCGGCAGGCACUAGUCAGUGCUGCUGCCCCCGCGCGUGUUGCCGUCGUGCCUGUCCCCACGGCCUCCUGCUGACACUUGAAUUGGAACUACUGUACCCGGGCUGCGCGCCUGCCCCCCCUGUGGCUGGCACCCCCCGCACGCCCGGAUGCAACAUGGGCGCCGUGGUCCAUGCCCGCAUGUGCUGCUGGAGCUGCCUUCCUCGUGCAGGCACUUUAGGGUCCCCCUCGCCUCUCUUUCCCCCGCUCCCACCUUCUAGGCCCUGGGACACAAGGCCCCGGCCCCCCGCAAUACCGUGUGGCUGCCCCCCACUUUCCCCCGGCAGCGCUGCUUUUCCUUUAUCUCGAAUUUGCCUGAACACAAGCAAAAAAAAAAAAAACCCUCAAGGAGGUGAAUUUUCUGAAAGUCGAGACUUAGUUGGGGUCCCUGCUGCUGCCCGGGGCAUGUGGGGAGGGGGCUGUGGCAUAGCUGACGGGACGUGUGAGGGCUGCUGGAGGGGUUGUUUCCAAGUUACUGUAAAGGCAUCGUGGGUAGAAACCGAGGCCGCCCCCUGCCUCCACCAGCCUGCUCCAAGCCAAAGACCCGGACGUAGCGAUCAGAGCAGGCUGCUGGGGGGGGCAUCCGAUGCCCCCAUCCUCUCCCUCCUCCAUCCUCCUUGCUUUGGCAGCUGUUGGGGAGCGCGGGGAAGGGGCUGGGCAGCAUGAGCAAAGAAAAGGGCUCGGUGCGGAGGGAGGGGGCAUCUCUUGCCAAAUGACCACGGCCCCAUGUGCGGCUGGUGCUGCCCCUCUGUGUGCGGCCAGUGACGCCCCCCCGCUCUGUCCUGGGGUCGCCCCGCCGGUCAGACUAGGGCUGUCCCGUGUCUUGUCCUCUGGGGCUGAGGAUCAUGUGGUCCGGGGUCCAAGGCAUCAUCCCUUCCCCUCUCCCCCCUGCUGCCCGGGGGGGGCUCCUAUUGCACUGUUUCUUUCUGUUAACCAAAGCCAAACUCUUCGAACCAAAUACGACGUUCCCAUCUUGGCCUCAUCCUUCCAUCCCACUGCGGUCGGACCCCAGGGGCGGGAGACAUGGGAGUUGGGGGGCACGACCUGCUUGUCUCUUUCUUCUUCUUCCUACCCCCCCACCCCCUUAAGAGCACCAUGGGGCUCCGGCUCCCAGCAAAGCACUUCAGGAACUGACCCGUGGCGCUUAGGAGCAGGCAAGAGGCCCCGUGGCCCAGGCAGCCUGAAUCCCUCGAGGCACUUCCACGAAACCCCCAUGUGGGUGGCAGGUGCCCUGGGGAGAGGUCUCCUCUCCAGCUGCGGGUGCCAGUCUCCCCACACCAGGCACCUAAGACCCAGCCCUGGCCUUCCCCGUCCCUGUGACGGGGCUCCGGGGAACCACCUGCCUGGUUCCCAGCCAGUGUUACCUCCCUGCAGCGAAUACCUCACCGUGGCCCUGUGCCAGACUUGAAGCCCCCCUUUCCCUCCCGUUUCCAGCCCUGGCCGUUCAGUAUUGCCCCGAGGGAGAUGGCGAACCUGGACCCACUUGUUUACAUGGCUGCCACGUGUGGCCGCGCUGCGCUCGGGGCACCGUCUGCCCCUUCCCCACUGCCUGGGGCAUGGAGAGGGGAUGGGAGCUGCCUCGCAUCUCCCCGGGGACCCCACGGCCCCCAGGGUGCUGCCUGGCUCGGGGAAGCUGGUCUCCCUUGGGCCCCACCUCUUCCCGGUGGCACUGGGGCGCAGGGACUAGCAGGGUGAGCGCCUAGCGCUGUCAGCACUGACCCAGUGCCUGCGAGGGAAGGGGUCCCCGUGGGCACACACGUGGCAGGAGCAGGCAUGCACACGCAUGCACAUCAAUUUAUCCUGCGACAUUAGGAUUUGAAGUACACCCCCCCCAUUGCUACCACAGUUGGGGGGGCAAUCCCAGAACCAUUUCACCGAUGAGCAGGUGCCCCCAAUGUGUCCUCGCAUCCCCCGUCCUUCCCUGCGCUGCCCCCAACCCCCCUCCCGCCCGACGCCGAGACAAUCAGCGCGAUCUCUCUAAGGGCUUCAGCAUUUCCCCCUCUGCGGCGUCACUUCUUCCUGCUCGCGGCCAGUUCCCCCCCCUCACCCGUGCCUCUUUCUUUUCAUUUUAAAUAAUAAUGGUGAUGAUGAUAAUAAUAGGGGAGUGGCACCACACUCCAGCAGCACAUUUGUGGCCGGGGGGGGGUGGGGAAAGGGGCCCAGUCUUGUUCUCCUGUAGCGCUGUAGCAUUCCCCCUCCACUUUGUUGGCACCACUUGGCCAUUUCGGUAAUGACCCGCGUGUUCGGUAACGACGCGUUCUUUCGCGACACGAGACUUGCGCUGGUUUCCCGGGCGUGUUGCGACAAGGGCUGAAGGGAAACCCCUGCUCCCCGCCUAUCUUUUGUGCCCCCCCCCAUACACAGCAGCUCCUAGACGUGCGGCGGGAUGGGGGGGUGGGUCUACAAAGCUUCCUGUACACGGACCUCGAUGCCAAAGUUGGACCAUUCCCACUUCCCGCUCUGUUUGGCUCCGGGGGGCAUCAUUUAGGCUCCCCUCCUACUCUCAUGCCACCAUGUUCCCAUCUGAAGGCCCCCCCCGGGUGCCAGAUCUGCCCCCCAUAAGGAAGUGUUUCUGCCCCCCUGUCCAAAGCACUUGCUUCAAAUAAUAAGCACUUUUCUUCAAGCACGAAAGCCUGGGUUCCCCGUAGUGGGGCCAACCGUGGCACUGGUGGGGUGGGAGGGAGAGGAGCCCCUGUGGGGGGGACGGGGCAUCUUUCAAGCUUUGAUUUUUAUUUUUUCCAAGUCUAUCUAGGGAAGGAAGGAGCAAGGGAAGUUGGGUGGAAAAAAGAAAGGAAUAAGCAAAAAAAAAAAAAAAAAAACCCCCCCCCC